CCUGUCCAUUUCUCUGACUUCACACGAUGAACCGUGUUCUUUUCUCCCGCAGCGUAACACCUCUGAUAAAAUCGUUCACCCCAAAGCACCCACCUAGACAAAUCUUUCGGAAAAUGUCGGCUGUCAAGACCUCUCACCUUUCGAAUGAGGAUGUGCAGGCAAGCAAGCUAUUCGACGUCUCUCAUGUUGUCGCUGUGGUGACAGGUGGUGGGACUGGAAUCGGUAAUCUGCUUCCCCCCGGCGAAAGACGGACCAUGCCCUCAAGGGAGAAUGUGCAUUGACUACGAUCACGGUCACUUUGACUGACGACCAGCCCAGGUCUCAUGAUUGCGCAGGCCUUACAGACGAAUGGAGCCAAGGUCUACAUCACUGGCCGGCGAGAAGAAGCCCUCGACGCCGUCGUCAAGCAGUACAGCAAGGGUCCAGGAAGUAUCCACGCUCUACCGGGGGACAUCACCAAGAAGGAAGAAUGUAUCCGACUCGCCGACUCGGUGGGCAAGAAGGAGCCCAAGGGCGUCCAUUUGCUCGUCAACAACGCAGGCAUCGCCAGAGACGGCCACACCAAAUUCUCCAAGAAUGGGGAACCGGACAUGAAAUCGGCGGAAAGCAUCUCGCAGCACAUGCUCAGGUCGGAAGUCUCCGACUGGCAAGACACCUUCGAGACCAACGUCACGGCCCAGUUCUUCAUGUCUGCCGCGUUCUUGCCGCUGUUGGCGAAAGGACGCGACGUCACGCCCGAUUAUACGUCGAGCAUCGUCAACAUCACGUCCAUCAGUGGUCUGAUGAAGGGCUCGAGCAACGGACAAUUCGCCUACGCGUCGAGUAAAGCCGGCUUCGUGCAUUUGACGCGCAUGCUGGCCACGACGCUGGCGCAGACGGGCGUCCGUGUCAACCAGAUCGCACCUGGCAUCUUCCCAAGCGAAAUGACGACCGGUGAGAGCGACGAGACGCAGAAGAGCGAGCUGAGUUCGAAACUGAGUAACCCGGCCGGGCGCGGAGGUGGAGAUGCUGACAUGGCUGCCACGAUCUUGUACCUGGUCGGCAAGGGUGGUUUGUUCCUGAACAAUCAACUCAUUCAUCCCGAGGGGGGCCAGUUGUUGGUUGCGCCGGCUGCUAUUUGAAAAAAAGGUGAACUUCAUGCCAGGCUAGGAACGUUUUGCGAACGCAACAGGAAUUGAGUCAAUGUACCUACGUGUACAGUCGGGUCCAAAAAGAGGCAUUCAGAUCAGGUAGAAAAGGAGGGUUAGAAGCAUGAUCGAGAG